CCGCCCACUCCCAGUUAGAGCACAGAGUCUGCAGCUGCUGAGCCCAGGGAAGAGGAGGCAGAGGCUAGAACCCUGUGCCCGGGAAGGAGCGCUGUCGGCGCUGAGGUGUGGAUGAUCCUGAGUGCGUUCUCUAAGUAACUUCCAGCCCUUCUAUACACCGUCACAAUGCCACCUCCCUCAGACACAGUGAAGGUGGCCAUUCAGUGGCCUGGAGCUUUCCCAAAGUUAAUGGAAAUAGAUCAGAAAAAGCCUUUAUCUGCAAUAAUAAAGGAAGUGAGUGAUGGGUGGUCAAUUAUUGAGAAUCAUGAAGACCUGGCACUUCAGUAUGCUGAUGGCUCUGGAUUUUAUAUCACCGAAAAAAAUCGUAAUGAGAUAAAAAAUGGAGCCAUUCUGCGGCUGACAUCAUCACCAACUCACACUGCUCAUAAGCUCCAUGAGAGGAUCCAGUCUUCAAGUAUGGACGUCAAGCUAGAAGCGUUAAAGGAUUUGGCCAGAUUUUCACGAGAUAUUACUUUUGCUCAAGAAUUCAUAAACCUGGAUGGUAUUUAUUUACUUACACAAAUGGUCGAAAGUGGUACAGAUAAAUAUCAAAAAUUGCAGAAGAUUAUGAAGCCUUGUUUUGGAGAAAUGCUUUCUUAUACAUUGACAGCAUUUGUUGAAUUGAUGGAUCAUGGUAUUGUGUCCUGGGAUACGUUCUCAGUGGCAUUUAUUAAAAAAAUUGCCAGCUUUGUGAACAAGUCAGGCAUGGAUGUCUCUAUUUUACAGCGGUCUCUAGCAAUUCUUGAAUCCAUGGUUUUGAACAGUCAUGAUCUUUAUCAGAAGGUUGCUCAGGAAAUUUCAAUUGGACAGUUAAUUCCACAUCUUCAAGGGACAGAUCAAGAGAUUCAGACAUAUGCUAUUGCAGUAAUCAAUGCACUCUUCCUCAAAGCCCCAGAUGCAACGAGACAGGAGAUGGCCAACAUAUUAACACAGAAGCAGCUACGCUCUAUAAUUCUUACACAUGUAAUCAGAGCACAGAAUGCUAUUAAUAAUGAGAUGGCUCACCAGUUGUAUGUGCUUCAAGUAUUGACCUUCAAUUUACUGGAAGAUAGAAUGAUGACGAAAAUGGAUCCCCAAGACCAAGCCCAGAGGGAUAUUAUAUUUGAACUACGUAGGAUUGCAUUUGAUGUAGAACCAGACCAAAACAACCUUGGUGGCAGCAUUGAAAAACGGAAGUCUAUGUACACCAGGGACUAUAAAAAGCUUGGCUUUACUAACAAUGUAAAUCCGGCACUGGAUUUUACCCACACUCCUCCAGGAAUGCUGGCCCUUGACAACAUGCUGUACUUUGCAAAGCAUCAGCAGGAUGCUUAUAUACGGAUUGUGUUAGAAAACAGCAGCAGAGAAGACAAGCAUGAAUGUCCCUUUGGUCGUAGUAGCAUUGAGCUUACUAAAAUGCUUUGUGAAAUCCUCAAAGUGGGGGAGCUACCCAGUGAAACCUGCAAUGACUUUCACCCUAUGUUCUUCACACAUGAUCGAUCUUUUGAGGAAUUCUUUUGUAUCUGCAUCCAGCUGUUUAACAAGACUUGGAAAGAAAUGAGGGCAACUUCUGAAGACUUCAACAAGGUUAUGCAAGUUGUAAAAGAACAAAUCAUGAGAGCACUCACAAACAAACCAAGUUCUCUGGACCAGUUCAAGAGUAGACUUCAGAACCUUAGCUACACAGAAAUCCUGAAAAUACGUCAAUCAGAGAGAAUGAAUCAGGAGGAUUUCCAGUCCCGUCCUAUACUGGAGCUGAAAGAGAAGAUUCAGCCAGAAAUCUUAGAACUUGUAAAACAACAGCGACUUAACCGGCUGGUUGAAGGAACUUGCUUUAGAAAACUGAACAGUCGGAGAAGACAAGAUAAGUUUUGGUAUUGUCGUCUGUCACCAAAUCACAAAGUAUUACACUAUGGAGACUUGGAGGAGAGUCCUCAAGGAGAGGUUCCCCAUGAUAAUUUGCAGGACAAAUUGCCUGUAGCGGACAUUAAAGCAAUAUUGACUGGAAAGGACUGUCCUCACAUGAAGGAGAAAGGAGCCAAGCAAAACAAGGAGGUGCUUGAGUUGGCAUUUUCAAUCAUGUAUGAUUCCAAUGGGCAAUUGAAUUUCAUUGCUCCUGAUAAACAUGAGUAUUGUAUUUGGACAGAUGGACUUAAUGCAUUACUUGGAAAAGACAUGAUCAGUGACCAAUCACGCCAUGACAUGGACACUUUGCUUAGUAUGGAAAUAAAGCUCCGCCUGCUAGACCUGGAAAAUAUACAAAUUCCCGAUGCACCACCUCCUAUUCCAAAGGAACCUAGCAACUACGAUUUUGUUUAUGACUGCAACUAAUCAUAAUGGCCUGGAACUCAUAUUUCAACUGGAAUUUCUACAACUGGAGACUGAAACGAGACAUAUUUCACUAUGUGUUUAAUUAAUUUAACUUGAGACAUUCCUUCACUGAAGUAUUUCCAAAUAUGAGGGCUUUUUAUCUGGGCGGUGUACUGGGCAUAUUAAUUCAAGAUGACUUAGUUUACACAUUAUAAAAAGACUAAUGCUACAAGAGCUUUCAAAAGAACAUGUCCAUGUUUCUAAUGCUUUAAAUAACACAAGGACAAUGACUCAGCUUUACGUUCUGGAGCCGUAAAAUGAACAGACAUUGUUGUUGAUGCUGCUUCUCAGUCUGAUCAGAGAUACAGGAGGCACUAGUGAAGGCUACUAAUGUUCUCAAAACUGCUCCAUUGCAAUGUCCACUCUUUUCUCUAUUAACCCCCACACUAGUUAGGUAGAUAUCUAGUCAAAUGGCCAGCUAGUGCAGUUACUGUGUCAGAGAGAGAGAAACUAUUUCCCUCUGGAGAGCUAGGACUACAUAUCAUAGAUUACUAAGAUGUCUAGUAAAAAAAAAAAAAUCAGUA